AUGAGCUCCAUUGAAUUCGAUGGGCAGCCAAUAGCCAAAGACGACUGCUUCUACUGCUUCAGAACAGCCUUUGACAGCGAAGGAUUGAACAUCAGCACAAGGCACCACAAGGCCUUUUGCAAAGAGCAUCUUGCUCUACACUACAGCCUUUUCAAAGAUGACACAAUCUACUUGAACUACACCAAAGUGGCGAAACCGCAAAGGGAGAAGACUACCAAAAUGAUUAAAUUGGAGAUCAAGCAAGAGAGUGAGAGUGAUUUGUAUGACAUCAAGACUCAAUUGUUCCAAUAUGAUGGUGAUUCCUUAGAUCUCAUCACAGAUAUCAACCAAGAAACACAGGCCACCAUUGACCGUAUAAUAAACUCCGAUUCUGUCAAUAGAAAGGAAGAACUCAAAACAUGGCAACAAGAGAUCUUGCCCUGUGAGCAUACUAUUGAAUUCCAACAGACUCCUAUCAAAGAUGUCCAAUUGACCCAAUGUGGUGAAUGUGAAUUGAAGGAAAAUUUAUGGAUUUGUUUAACUUGUGGGAAAUUAGGUUGUGGACGUGCACAAUUUGGUGGUGUUGCUGGUAAUACUCAUGCUUUACAACAUUUCGAAACUUCUACACAUCCAAUUGCUGUUAAAUUGGGGAGUUUAUCCAAAGAUGUUACAGACGUUUAUUGUUAUGCUUGUAAUGAUGAAAUUAAAUUUCCUGAAUUAUCAAAUCGUUUAAAGACUUUUGGUAUUGAUUUAGAUAAUUUCACAAAAACUGAAAAAUCAUUAGUUGAAUUACAGAUUGAACAAAAUUUAAAAUGGGAUUUCAAUAUGGAGGGUGAUAAUGGUGAGAAAUUACCAAGUGUUUUCGGUCCUUCGUUAACUGGGUUGAAGAAUUUAGGUAAUUCAUGUUAUCUUUCAUCUGUUGUACAAUCUUUAUUUUCACUACCAGAAUAUUCCAAAUUUAAAAAGGCAUUAUCCAGUUUCCAAGAUGAAAAUGAUGGAUUAGAAUUUCAAUUAGUUAAAUUAGCUAAUGGGUUAUUAUCUGGUGAUUUUUCAAAACCUAAUUCUGAAGGUUAUCAAGUUGGUAUUUCACCAAUUUCUUUCAAAAGAUUAGUUGGACAAGAUCAUGAAGAAUUUAGUUCAAUGAGACAACAAGAUGCUUUUGAAUUCUGGAAUUAUUUAUUAGAUAAAAUUGAUACUAUUGAUGCAAAUUUAAAUGAUAUUUUCAGAUUUGUUACAUUGGAAAAAUUUAAAUUCCCAAAUGGUAAUAAUGAAGUUAAAUUGAAGUCACAAGUUAAUGAAAAUUUAACAUUACAAGUUGAAACUGAAUUAGAUCAUAUAGAAGAUGGUAAAAUAAUUUAUAAACGUCAAGAUUUUAUAGAUUCAUUGAUUCAAUAUUUGUCAACUGAAGAAAUUGAAUGGAAUGUUAAAGGUGAAAAUACAAAAGUUGAUAAAAACGUUUUCUUCAAAACUUUCCCAAAAUAUUUAGUCACAAGUGUUCAAAGAAUUCAAUUGGAAAAUUGGGUCCCAAUAAAGACAGAUGUCCCUUUAACUUUACCUGAAUCAUUUGAUAUAAAAGAUUUCCAAAAUCCUCAAGUCUUGGAAGAGGGAGAAGUUGAAGUCCAUGAUGAAGAUGAAGAUGAUAAUUCAUUCAAACCAAACAUUGAAGCGUUAAACAAUUUACAACAAAUGGGAUUCCCAGAAGGUAGAGCGACUAAAGCAUUAUAUUUAACAGGGAAUUCUGAUACUGAAGCUGCAAUGAAUUGGUUGUUUCAACAUUUAGAAGACCCAACAAUAGAUGAUCCAAUUGAUUUUAAAACAUCAUCUAAAGAUGAAAUUCAAGUUGAUGAAUCACAAAUAUCUUCAUUACAAGACAUGGGAUUCUCUGCAGCAUUAGCUAAAAAGGCAUUAUAUUUGAAUAAUAAUGAUGUUAAUGCAUCUGUUGAAUGGUUAUUUUCACAUCCUGAUGAUGAUGGUGUUAUUGAAGUUGAUAAAUCUGUUAAAACUGAAUCACCAACUGAGAAAUUGGAAAGGUUGACUAAAGAAGGUGUUGAUGAUAAGAGUGAAUAUAGUUUAAAAGCUGUUAUCUGUCAUAAGGGAACUCAAGUGACUUCUGGACAUUACGUGGUAUUUAUCAAGAAACAAGACAGAUGGGUUUUGUUCAAUGAUGAGAAAGUUGUUGAUGUCACUGGUGACUCUAAUAGUUGGACAGAGAUUGAAAAGAAUGGGUAUGUUUAUAUAUGGGAGAGAGUGUGA